AUGGAAUCGCCCAUUCCAAAAUACAUUCCAUUCCCUCAAAAUCUUUCCAUCCCCCCCCCCUGUUUUUUUCCAUUCCAUUCCCUCUUCACCUUUCAUUACAACACCACAACCUACUACUGUUGCCACCACCCACCACCACUGUCAACCGCCGCAGUCACCCACCUUCGCCGCCACCUGCCACCGCCAUCACCCGCCACCGUCGUCUCCACCCACCUCCAUCCCCUCCACCGCUGUCGCCUCCAUCCACCAUCGUCGUUACCACCUCCGAUCACCGCCACCACCCACCUUCGAUCAUCGCCGCCACCAUUGCCGCUGCCACCUCCGACCACCGUCGCCGUCGCCACCCACCUCCGCCAUCGCUAUCAACCACCACCACCCACCGCCACCACCGCUACCACCUGCCACCACCGUCGCCACCGCUACCACCUCAGAUCACCGCUGCCCCCACCUUCGCCGUCACCCACCACCACCAACGCUGUCACCACCCGUCGCCGUCUCCAAUCGCCGCUACUACAACUGUCACCUAUCACCACCCACCAUCGCCGCCCAUCAUUGACCACCGCCAUCUGA